UUUCUUGAACAGCAACUUAGCGUUACCCAAUUAAUAAAUUCUAGCUAUUGAUUUGAUAUUAGAAUAGUGAAAUUCCACUAUGAUUUCUUGUCUUUUCGCGUUACUUGCUGGCUAUUUAGUCGCCGUUAAUGCUGGUUCUGACACGACGGUAACCAAGGAGGUCUAUAUGGAUAUUUCAAUCGGUGACCAACCCGCAGGAAGGAUUGUUCUUGGUGUAUUUGGAGAUACCGCACCAAAAACCGUCACAAAUUUCGUAGCUCUAGCCGACAUGGAGCCUGGUUUUGGGUACAAAGGCUCAAUCUUCCAUCGUGUGAUCAAGAACUUUAUGAUUCAAGGAGGUGACUUUGACAAAUUUGAUGGAACUGGAGGAAAGAGCAUCUACGGUGAAUUCUUCGAUGACGAAAACUUUAAAGUUAAGCAUAAUGGUGCUGGAUGGUUAUGUAUGGCUAACGCUGGUCCUAAUACKAAUGGUUCUCAGUUCUACAUCACCCUUGUCCCCACCCACUGGCUAGAUGGAAGUCAUACGUGCUUUGGGAAAGUCCUUCGUGGCAUGGAUGUGGUUAAAAAGAUUGGAAAUACCCCAACCAACAGUGUAGAUAGACCUUUACAGACUGUUAGAAUUACUAAAGUUGGAACCAUUGAUGUACAAACACCUUUUGAAGURUCAGAAGAUGAAGCCACUUUAUAAACAGUUAUUAACAAGUGUUUAUUAAAUCAUGUCUGACUAAAACUAUUCGUACAAAUUGGCUUGAGACUGGAUUGCUCACUUGGAUAAAAGCUUGGAAUUGCUACAUACUUCUCAGAUUCAAUSUAAGUCAACUAAGGAGAUCAUCAACUGUUGAACCUCGCAUCCAAAAUGCAAAGAUCUCAGAAGAAGAUCUCUUAAGUAGUUCAAAAUGUUCUGCUUUUUAAUGAACACAACAUCAUGUAAUACAACUUGAAUUACACUUUAUAUUUUCAUUAAACCUUUUAUUGCUGA